ACCAGAGAUUGUCAGACAAGACAAGACAAGACAAAGCGAAAGAAACGAAAAUAAGAUAUAAAAACUCAAUUACUCUAAUUACUUGAGAUUUGAGAAGUAUAUUCCAAGGAAAUAUAUACUUAGACAUGCAAAUGUAUUCGAGCAGAACGAAAUGUUAUAUUAAUUACGUUAUCUAUUCGCUUGUAAAUAGAUAUAAAUGAAUGCUUCAUCAUUGCAAAACUCGUGACACAGUAUAGUCUCCUGUUAAUAUCCCAUCGAAAAAAACGAUCGCGAUCGAGAAUGAUUCGAUAUAAAAGAUCUAUCUGUUAGAUAAAACUUAAAGCAAGGCCUAUGUUGUUAAGAAAUAAUUCGACCAAUUGAAAGAUUUAAAGUAUCGGCAUUAGGCACGACGAGCGUUGCUCACAAUUUAACGAGCAUUAUUUCAAUUAACGCUUCAUAUGUUAGUCGUCGUGGCAGACGCGUAUCGAUAGGAACGCUAACGUAAUUCGAUCCUAAGAUCGUUCGUAAGACCCUGUUGUAGACCAAAAUGGAUUAUAUAUCGAUGAACGUUUUACCGUUACUCGAUAUGAAAUUAUGGAAUUUCCAUAGUCUGUAUAAAGCCUUCAGUCGAAAGAAGCGGAUAAAUAUUAAUGCAAAUACGAAAUUGGAGAGAUGCCUAUCAACGUUGGACCUUACAGCUCUGGGUAUCGGAUCCACUCUUGGCGUUGGAGUUUACGUCAUGGCAGGAUCAGUCUCAAAAAAUAUCGCAGGACCCGCCGUUGUAAUCUCCUUCCUAAUUGCAGCCGUGGCAUCGAUAUUUGCCGGUCUUUGUUACGCUGAAUUCGGGGCGAGGGUGCCGCGAGCUGGUUCCGCUUAUGUUUAUAGUUACGUGACAAUGGGUGAAUUCGUCGCCUUUCUAAUAGGUUGGACGCUAAUCUUAGAGUAUGUGAUCGGUUCGGCUAGCGUGGUACGUGGCCUUAGCACCUACGUCGAUGCUCUCUUCAACAAUACCAUGAGAAAUGCCUUUGAAUCGGCCGCUCACAUAAAAGUUGAACACUUCUCUUCUUAUCCUGAUUUCUUUGCCUUCGGUAUCACCCUUAUGUUUUCCGCUGCCUUAGCGUUUGGCGCGAAAGAAUCGUCCACUGCAAAUAACUUUUUCACCUUGGUGAAUCUCUUCGUUGUCCUCUUCGUGAUAAUCGCUGGUUCCAUCAAAGCUGACGUUAACAAUUGGAAAACUCGGCCUCCUUGUACGGAAACAAAUUGUGAUCGCGGAACAGGCGGAUUCGCGCCAUAUGGAAUAUCGGGUAUAAUAACCGGCGCGGCAACUUGUUUCUAUGGCUUUAUCGGCUUCGACUGUGUGGCCACUACCGGCGAAGAGGCCAAAGAUCCGCAAAGAUCUAUUCCCAUAGCUAUUGUUGCUUCUUUAACCGUUGUAUUCCUCGCGUAUUUCGGCGUCUCAGCCGUAUUAACUAUGGUGCUGCCGUAUUACGAACAAAAUCCCGAUGCUCCCUUUCCACAUCUCUUUGAGGUGAUCGGUUGGGACUGGGCAAAAUGGGUAGUGAGCGUCGGAGCGAUUUGCGGACUAUGCGCCAGCUUAUUAGGCGCAAUGUUUCCAUUACCAAGAAUAAUUUAUGCAAUGGCAUCCGACGGAUUGAUAUUUAAAUGGAUGGGAAAGGUAAGUUCAAGAUUUCAUACACCCAUAAUGGGCACUUUCUCUGCAGGAAUUCUUACAGGAGUUUUAGCAGCGAUAUUCGAGCUUACUCAGUUGUUAAAUAUGAUGAGUAUAGGCACACUGCUUGCCUAUUCGAUAGUUGCUGCCUGCGUUCUUAUAUUGCGAUACGAAGAAAGUGAAGUAUACGAGAAGAAGGACGAUUGUGAUCCAAGGACUGUGACGUUUGUCAUUAAGCAAUUGAUUAACGCUAACGGAUUAGACCAUCCUACGAAAUUAACUGGACAACUGGUCACUUGCCUCGUUUUCUGUUACUUCAUUAUUUGCAUUUUUAUUACGGCGAUGGUAUCGCAAUUUUCCAAAGAAAUCGCUAACGGCAAAGCUCUUUACGUUGUGCCGAUAAUCAUAUUGGUCAUCGCAUUAAUCUUUACUCUAAUCUUUAUCUAUCUUCAACCUUCAUCGGGCAAGAAACUUGCGUUUUCGGUACCUUUUGUUCCCUUUUUACCAGCAAUCAGUAUACUCAUUAACAUUUACCUUAUGAUGAUGUUGGAUGCGAUGACUUGGAUACGAUUCUUGAUAUGGAUGACUAUUGGUCUUGUAAUAUACUUCUUCUACGGUAUGUGGAACAGUAGCAAUGGAGAGAAAAAAUCAUCCAAACCAGUGGAUUAUUGCUCCAAUGAGGAAGAAUGAAUUUUACUCUAGAGUUAGAUGAUUCUAUCAGCGAACAUGCAUGCCAUCUACGUUUUUAUUAAUUAUUAUUGGGUGCUAAAGAAAAAAUUGGUCCGAUUGUUGAGAAAGAAAAAAGGAAUUCUUUGGGUACUUUCAAUUUUUUCUAAAGGAGUAUAAUCUUUUUAAAUUCUUCUUCGUUGGCCAAAGCUAUCCCUUCUUGGACCGGAAGAAAUAUCGAUAUUCUCGAAUGUUUCCAACAUCAGAUCAGUCUUUUCUCGGGAACGUUGUACCACAUAGGGACUAUGUGCCCUAGCCAUUUGAUUUGACAAUGUAUAUUUAUUUAUUACACGAAAAUGUUUCGUGCGAUUGCCACUUGGAUUUUUCUAAAUUCACGACCGAUCGAACAUCGAACAUAAAUCGGACAGAAUAAAACAAACGUAUUAAUAAAAACAACAAUGUUGCAUUCAACUUUGUGGCUCAAGUUGGCGGACGGACUUUAAACUCUAGUUAUUUUUUUGCGAUUCCGUAGUGCGCUUCAUCAGUACUGAUCCAAUACCAAUUAUCGAGACUAUUGUCGAGAUUAUGCAUUAUCGUUCUUAGUCUACGCAAAAAAACAAACAAUUUUCAAUUAUAAUUAUGAUCUCGAUAGUCAUAAAAGAAACGAGAAAAACAAAUAAAAUAUCCGUCACCUUUAUCGGGUUUGAUUAAACUUGUAUAAAUGUACGAUAAACAAUAAAAAUGAUUAGAAAAGAAAAGAAAUUAAAAAACAGUUCUUCAAAGAGUUAUCAUAACAUGUUAUUGUCAUACAUCUUAUCGGAAAACGGGAACUUGCAUUAACCAAUUAUCGUUAAAAAUAUAAGAGGAUACAUUUAUAACUGAGAUACUUGAUCGUCGGACAAAAUGUCGUCCGCGUGUGGAAUACUUUUGUAAUAAGUGUACAUCAGAUUUUCUUUCUUAAUAGGUGACUGCUGCCUUACGCCAUAUCUGAAAUGAUAACGUGGAAAAAAAAGAAGAAACGAAUUUUUUUUCCAACUUUUUCAAUGCUCUAAAAUCUAAUCUUUAAUAAAUGUAUACUUUUAACGAUCUUACUGUUCUCUACGUUCAUCCGAUUGUGAUACGGCAUUGGCAUUGUUGCUAUCCUGUUUUUGCAGAUCGGUCUGCAAUCUAUGUGCCCGUACAUCAACUCGCUGUUGUAAAUUAGCAGUAGGUAAUGACUGUGCGAUAAUAUGAUACACGUUUAAAAAUGAAAAUAUUAUUUUAUAGAUGUGUAUUAUGAAACAACGAUCUUUUGUUAAAUCAAA